UGAAUCACAACGAUCCCAACCGCGCCUUUGUGAUAUAGCCGUUAAUACACACAAGUUUUAUCAGUAGAAUUAUAAUUCGUAAAAAUCUAAUUAGCUAUUUUAAACUUCUCAAAUUCUCCAUAUGAAAUGGAGCCCAUCAAUAUCGAAAUUGCGUGUACCAGAGGCUUUAACAAAAAGUCUCCUGAUGCGGAUCUUAUCCGGGCAAUACGUUUGUACCUGACCGAACACAAAACACUGCCAAGGGAUCACGUGUUCAAGGUGAUCUAUCCUAAUGUAGAAAGUGUCACAAUAUGCAAUCCCCUGGAGGAACAGAAUCUUCGCACCGACCUGCGGAUGUUCAUCUAUCAGCUGAACGACGAGUCCAGCGAGGAGGAAACCAUUCGCCAAGAUGGGGAUGAGGUACAGAUUGCUAAUCAUUGGCUACUGCCGGCGCGGGAUUUCCACGGCAUAUGGGAAAGUUUGAUCUACGAAGAGGAUCUGAAGCACGAUCUGCUGAGUUUCAUGCAGACAACGAUGCUGUUCUCGCGGAAGAAGGUCAACUCUAAUUUGAUUGCUUGCAAUAGAUUGAUUUUGCUGCAUGGACCACCAGGAACAGGAAAAACCAGCCUAUGCAAGGCCCUCGCUCAAAAACUUGCCGCUCGAAUGAGCGAAGAUUACAAUCAUUCCCAUCUAAUCGAAAUCAACAGCCACAGCUUGUUCUCGAAAUGGUUUUCGGAAAGUGGAAAGCUCGUUCAGAAAGUGUUCGACCAAAUUCACGAUCUGUGCCAGGACAGAAUGGCCUUGGUGUGCGUCCUGGUUGACGAGGUCGAAUCGAUCGCUUUCGCUCGGGAUGCCAUCUCCAAUAAUGAGCCCAGCGAUAGCAUUCGUGUGGUGAAUGCUGUGUUGACUCAGCUGGAUCGCAUCCGAAAGUAUCCGAACGUAUUUGUGCUGGCCACCUCAAAUCUUACCGGUAGCAUUGAUCUUGCCUUUUUGGAUCGUGCGGACAUUGUUCAGUACAUUGGCAACCCCAGUCGAGCGGCAAUCUAUGAAAUCUAUCGAACGACAUUGAGGAAUCUACAGGAGGUUGGAAUCGUAACGGAUCAGGAAGAGCUACCAGAGCUGAAGGACUCCGAAAUUAGUGUGGUAGGCAAAAAUAUGAAGUCUUUGGCAGAGAUCAGCGUGGGAAUGAGUGGUCGGAGCAUGCGAAAGGUGCCGUUUUUGGCACAUGCCUUGUUUGUAAAGCAGGAAAAGACAUCCUUGCUGAAAUUUCUGAGUGCCAUGAAAAGUACCGUACGAAAAAUCAAGAACGACAUGAAAAUGAUAAAAGUGAAAUCGAUGGUGUCUGAUGCGUCGACGGGAGGAGAUUCUGGUAAUUUUGAAGGCAGUUUGAUGAAUGGAGCAAUUAGUGUAGAUCAGGAAUCGUUGGGUCCUUUGCAUUGAAAGAGCUUGCAGGAAUAAGCAGUCAAUAGAUUGUAAGUUCAAGUAUUGAAAUAGGAUAUUAAAACUGUAUGAAACUUUGUAUGUAUGU